AUGGUCAGGGUUUUCAUUAAAUUCCUUCUCUCUUUUCGUUACUGCCAUUUUCGUCACUGCGCCGCAUCGUGUUGUGCGGCAGUAAAGGGCGUUCGGCUCCGGUGUCGGAGAAUAACUUUUCCGAGUGCCAAGUUUCCCGUGGUCCGCCAGAUGUGUAUGCAAAAAAUGGCGACACACACGAAACCUGCAUCAACCCCCAGGGCUGAGCGCCUCGAAUGCAUAGCAGUGAACUUUACACGAUAAUAAUAAUAUUAUCUAUCAUACAUUCAA